GAGGGUGAGUGAGGGCGAGGGAGUAAGAGAGGAGAGAGGGAGAGAGAGAGGCAGAGGGAGACUGGCGGGGUGUACCGGGAGAACACCAUGGCUUCAGAUCCGGGGCUGGCUGCGAUGCUGCUAUGGACUAUAUCACUCCAGGCUGUGGGCACGGCGGGAACUAACAGCAACGAAGUGAAUCUACUGGACACGACAACGAUCACAGGAGACUGGGGCUGGCUAACGUAUCCGUCGCAUGGGUGGGAUGCCAUUAAUGAGAUGGACGAGUACUUCAGUCCCAUCCACACGUACCAGGUCUGUAACGUGAUGAGUCCCAGCCAGAACAACUGGCUGAGGACGGGCUGGAUCCCUCGAGAGGGAGCCAGGAGGAUCUACAUUGAGGUCAAGUUCACCCUGAGAGACUGCAACAGCAUGCCCGGAGUACUGGGCACCUGCAAGGAAACCUUCAACCUGUACUACUACGAGUCUGACAGAGCGGCAGGCUCGGCCAUACGAACAGCAGUGAACCAGUUCAUUAAGAUUGAUACCUGGGAGUGGGAUCUGGGAGGGGGUAGACGUAGACUUCAACUCAACACAGAAGUGCGAGGUGUGGGCCCUCUAAACAGACGAGGCUUCUACCUGGCCUUCCAGGACAUAGGUGCCUGCAUUGCCCUCACCUCGGUGCGGGUCUACUACAAACGCUGUGUGGGUGUGAGCCGUAACCUGGCCGUGUUCACCGAUGUCGUGACGGGUGCCGACUCGUCCUCUCUGGUGGAGGUCAGGGGUCAAUGUGUGGAUCAUGCCGAGGAGAGGGACACGCCCAAGAUGUACUGCAGUGCCGAGGGAGAGUGGCUGGUUCCCAUUGGGAGGUGUGUGUGUUCCGCUGGAUUCGAAGAGCACAGAGACUCCUGCGUGGCCUGUGAGGUGGGUUUCUAUAAGCCGGUGGCAGGUGAUGGCCUGUGCGGUAAAUGUCCUCAACACAGCCAUUCAGAGGCCAGAGCUGCCCUCAACUGCCCCUGCGAUUCCAACUACUAUCGAGCGACAGAUGACCCACCAGCAGCUCCAUGCUCCCGCCCUCCAUCUGCUCCAGUAAACGUCAUUUCCUCGGUCAAUGGGACGUCUGUGAAUUUGGAGUGGGAUCGCCCUCUGGAUACUGGAGGCCGCAGCGACCUGCAGUACAGCGUGUUGUGUCAGAAAUGCUCAGGGGAAGGGGGGUCCUGCGAGGACUGCCGUUCGGGCACUGCAGCAGUGCGCUUCAUCCCCCGCCAGACCGGGUUGACAGAGCCCUGGGUGACAGUGCUCAAUCUGGUGGCCCACACCAACUACUCCUUCCGCAUCCUGGCCAUGAAUGCAGUGACGCACGUGAGCAAUGAGCCAUCACUAUAUGCCUCGGUCAACAUCACAACAAACCAGGCAGCCCCGUCUGAAGUGUUAGCCAUCCGCCAGGAGAACACCAGUCAGAACAGCGUGACUCUGCUGUGGCAUGAACCCAACCAGCCCAACGGAGUAAUUCUGGAAUACGACAUCAAGUACUAUGAGAAGGAUAAUGAAGAGCAGAGUUACUCCACUCUGAAGUCUAAAAAUACGAGUGCCCGAGUGUCAGGGCUGAAGCCGGGAACUAAGUACAUCUUCCAGGUCCGAGCCAGAACGUCAGCGGGCUGUGGACGCUUCAGCCAAAAUGUGGAGAUUCAGACCGGGAAAGCAGCUCCUCUGCGCUACAACACUAUGACCAUCUUAUGGAUCUGCAUGGCCCUGGUGUCCGGCCUAGUCGCCUUUCUGGCCAUCAUCAUCUGCAGGAAACGACACUGUGGCUACAGCAAAGCCUUCCAGGACUCUGAUGAGGAGAAGAUGCAUUACCAGAAUGGUCACGGUAUGUUUGACCCAUUUCUCAAUUAUUACCAUAUCUUAGUGUCAUUCCCCGACGCAAGGUUCUAUAUCGACCCGCACACAUACGAGGACCCCUGCCAGGCGGUCCACGAGUUUGCCCGAGAAAUUGAAGCUUCCAGGAUCAAAAUAGAGAAAAUCAUUGGUUCAGGGGAAUUUGGGGAGGUGUGUUACGGGCGUAUGAGGCUCCCAGGGAAAAGAGACAUCCCAGUGGCCUUGAAGACCCUGAAGGCAGGAUACACAGAGAAGCAGAAGAGGGACUUCCUGGCCGAGGCGUCCAUCAUGGCCCAGUUUGACCACCCCAACGUCAUCCGCCUGGAGGGAGUGGUAACCCAGAGCAAACCGGUGAUGAUCAUCACAGAGUACAUGGAGAAUGGCUCUCUGGACUCCUUCCUCAGGAGACACGAUGGCCAGUUUACCAUCAUCCAGCUGGUGGGGUUGCUGCGCGGCAUUGCGGCCGGUAUGACCUACCUGUCUGACCUGGGCUACAUCCACCGAGACCUGGCCGCCCGCAACAUCCUAGUCAACAGCAACCUGGUGUGUAAGGUGUCUGACUUUGGCCUGUCCCGGGUGCUGGAGGAUGACCCCGAUGCUGCAUACACCACCAGUGGCGGGAAAAUCCCAAUCCGCUGGACAGCCCCAGAGGCCAUCGCCUACAGGAAGUUCUCUUCCUCCAGCGACGUGUGGAGCUACGGCGUGGUCAUGUGGGAGGUGAUGUCCUAUGGAGAGCGACCAUACUGGAACCUCACCAACAGAGAUGUGAUCAAAUCUGUGGAAGAGGGCUACAGGCUGCCUGCUCCCAUGGGCUGCCCUGCUGCUCUACACACACUCAUGCUGGACUGCUGGCAGAAGGAUCGCAACGAGAGGCCACGCUUUUGCCAGAUAGUCACUGUUCUUGACAAGCUAAUCCGCAACCCAGAGAACCUGAAGUCUAUGGACACGCUCUGCAGUCCUCCGCUGAUGGAGAGAGCUAUUCCCGACUUCAGUAGCUGUAACUCAGUAGACGAGUGGCUGGACACCAUAAAGAUGGGCCGCUACAAGGACCACUUUGCAGCAGGGGGGUACCACACUCUAGGACACGUCAUAGGCAUGAACCAAGGGGACAUCCAGAGGCUCGGUGUGACGCUGAUGGGCCACCAGAAGAAGAUCAUGACCAGUGUCCAGCUGAUGAGGGCACAGGUCCUCAACAAGAGUGUGCCGUCAGUACACGUAUAACUCCAAUGCUGAGGUUUCUUUCUACUGAAAUCUAGAAACCUAGUCUUCUAUAAGGUCUAGAGGGACUCCGUGGGGAACAAGAUGAUCAGAUAAAAGGGAAAAGAUAUUUGGGAACUUUACGAGACUUUUUCCUCGAGAGAUUGAAGAACAAAACGUGAAAGGUUUUAACUAUGGAGCAAGUAAACAUGACUUCUUAAGGACAAGUCCGACCUUUCAUUUUUUUCGUAUCCGAUUACAUUUCUGAGUUUAAAUGUCUUGUUUAUAAAUGGAAAGACUGCCUUAAUUACCACAAAUUAUUUUAAUUUUAUUGUCUACAAAGAGAAGAUAAUUUAUCAAUCAAGAAUUUAUCAGAGUACUAUGAUUUACUGAACCAGGCAAUAGCAAGAGUACAUGGAGUGAUGUAUAGGGUGGAGGGGAGGAUUUGGGUGUUUUCAAAUGUUGAUGACACUCGCUGCCUCUCCUGCAGUAACAGCUGGAGGAGAAUGACGCCCAGAAUGAGGCUCAAGUCAGAAAAAGUGGAGAAAAGUGAGAUUGGGCUCACCUGUGUUGCCAUCUCCAGAGUGGAGAAGACCUAUUUCACCCUAGGCUAUUAAUACCAAUAUCCAGGCACGUUUCUCCGUGGUCCAACCUUGAUGAAUGACCCCAAGAGAGCCCUAGAGCCCUCUGCCCAGUCUGAAGCUGCGCGGCGCACAACUAAUGUACUAGGAAGAGGUAUAUGAUUGAGUUACAGUGCACUUUAUUCUACAAUCUCUCUGUGUUGUAAAGGCUUUGCAGUUGUGUCACAAAUCUCCUUGUAGCCACAACUGGAACCAGGAUGUUGGCCUGUUAAAGAAUUAGCUAUUUGAAUAUACUACAUAAACAAUAAAUAACUAUACAUUAUAAAACCCAAGAAGAAAAAGAGAUAUCUAAAAUUCAUUAUUGUUAUAUGUAGCUUGCUCUUGACAUUUCUUUUUAAAUUUCCUUCGCUGUAAGAGUAAACUGAAAGGACAAUAUAUUUGAAUUACAUAUGUGUUUAGAUAUGCAUACAAAAUCAUUUUGGCCAUUUCAAAUAUUGUCAUAAAUAACGCAUCAGAUGCAUUUUCAGUAUGUUUGGGGACGUGUUACCAAAUGCACUGCUAUUUAAAAUGCAUUUCAGAUUGGGUUUAAAUGUAGAGUAAAUACAUUUUAAAUGCUUUUCAAGUAAAUCAAACCUAUUUCAACUUUGAGUGAAAAAAUGUAUUCUUGACCUUGGAAAGAGCAGUUUGAUGAACUAACCUUCACUACAGGUUCACUUAUUAGUCCCUCCCUUUACUGGAGAAGAAUAUGAGUGGGGGUUAAAGGCCCCAGAAAAAGAAAGAAAGAUUAUUUUGUCAAAUUAUUUGAGUUCUAUUGUUUUCUAGAUCAAAUAUAUUUGAAAAAAGCAGAAAAAAAAUUUAAAUAUAUUAUUUAAUACAAAAAAAUAUAAUGCUUUCACAGCAUGUCAAGCUACAUGCUUUUCCUCUUUUACUUUCAAAUGCAGAUAUACAUUUUUAAGGAGUUUUUGAAAUUCAUUAGCAAGAUCCCAUAUAUUGGAAAUGUAUGAUGGCCAAAAUUAUCCUGGCUUAAUCUUAACAUUUGUUUUUUUCAGUUGUGUCUGCUAACUAAGUAGCUAGCAGCAAACUCAUUAAAGCAAAGCAGCUGCUAUUAAUGUUAACUGACAACUAGACGCUAACUCUAGCUUCUACUACAUUGUUUAAGUAAAGUUUACAACAGGAGAGUGCUAAUUAGCGAAGCAAUAUAUUGGUUUGUUAGCUAAUCUGUGCUAAAAAUAUCUAAAUAGCAAAUCAGUCACAUGCAUUUGUGAAAAAAUAUUAAUUAAAAGCUGCAAAAAAUGUCUUUAUGUGCUGAAAUCUGUUACGACAUUGAACAACGCCUGUUAACAGUGAUUGUAAAGGCCUCCAAAAUGGCUGCUAGUGUCCCACCAAGCACCCAAUGUCGGCUAAAUCUAUUCUCUCUUGGGACCGUCAUUAAACAAAAAAACAGUUGAAAAUUUGGCAGUGGUCUGUUAGUUUAUAUCACAAUUUAUCCUGAAGCACUCCAUGACUGCCAAACCUGUGAAAAUUCGAAAAACAUAUUUCCUUAAAUAAUCUCCCUUAAAUGUUAAUCCUUGAAAUUCCUUAAAUAUUAAUCGAAUAUUAAUAUACUGUUCGUCUCUUUAGCUUUCUACCAAAAUUAGACAUAUAUUAGGGAGGAUCAUCUAGUAUCCCCGAGUUAGUAUUUCAACAUCUGCGUAAUAUUUUGCCAGGAGGGGUGUGUUACACCUGAAAGCCCUCUUAUUCUCUUGGCAUUUAGGAACAAAAUGGUACAGGAGUUUGUUUAUUAUUUGGAACUUACUUUUGUGAUCAAAGUCGGCACUAAUACUACUCAGUGCAAUAAUUCUGUACCCCAGAGUACAUAUCUGAACACAUUUUUAUUGUGAAUGCUGGGAAUAUAGUACACAUAAGCUACGCAGACUGUAAAAUAAAGUGUAACUUCUGAUUAAAUGUGAUUACACUGUUUGCCUCAGUGUUGAUGAAAGACAAACAUGUAAGUAGAAUGUUUAUAUCUAAAUGCUCUCAAAAGUACAUAAUCAGCCCUAAUUUAUACCCCUCCUCUGUGCCAUCAAGAGAAUGUCUUUUUUCUUGUGCACCUCGGUAGGUUUUCCUCUAGAUGGUUGAUGUCAGUUUUUAUUAGAGAAGAACCUCAUGAUAUUUCUUGAAUAUGUAUUAUAGUGACAUUUCACUACUGGUUUCAAAAGAUACCUUUUUUCUUUAAGAUGCUUUUGAAGACACUGGACUUGACUGAAAACCCAUAUUUUAUAAAGUUAGGACAUGUUUUUGCUAGAUGAAUUGAUUUAUAAUGUAUACAGCAAGUUCAGUCACUGGAAGGAAGAAAAAAAAACUACAACAAGCAGUUUUAUUCACUUUCAUUAUUUAUUCAUGUUCAUUUGUUUUCCAAAUAAUACAACUC